AUCACCAAUUCAAUUCACCUGGGCACAAGAGAGAAGCGAGAGAGCACAAGACAGCGGAGAGAGAGCACAAGACAGGAAGGAUGGGCUCCCGAUACGAGGUUGAGGUCACCGUGGGCUCCGCGCGCGACCUCAAGAACGUUAACUGUCGCAACGGCGACCUCAAGCCCUACGCCGUCCUCUGGGUCGACUCCGGCGCCAAGUGCUCCACCCGCGUCGACCUCGACAACGGCGACAACCCCGUCUGGGACGACAAGCUCCUCGUCCCGCUCCCGCCCUCCGUCACCCGCCUCGAGGACGCAGUUCUCUACAUCGACGUCGUCCACGCCAACGCCGCCGAGGGCGUCAAGCCCCUUGUCGGAUCCGCGCGCCUCCCGCUCCGCGACGUCCUCAACCGUCCCUCGGGGCGCCCGCACGGACGCCUCGACGUCCGCGAGGCCGCGCGGUACUACGACCCCAGCCCGUUCCCGGCGCCCUACGGCAACCCCGCCGGCGGCUCGCGCGACCCCUACUACGCGGCCCCGCCGCCCUACGCCCCUGUCAGCGCCGGGUACGGCCAGCCGGAAUACGCCGCGCCGCCGGCCGGUUACCUCCUUUCCCCGCCGGAGACCGAGGCGACGAUGCGGCGGACGGGGGCGCUCCUGGCGAUCACAUCAGCGUCCGCGCUCGUGCCCUUCACCACGGUUGUGGGGAGCAUGCAUGUCAUGCUGAUGCUUGCCCUUUUUGUCACCUUGCUUCUCGGCUGCGCCAUGGUGCUCCUCUCCCCGGCGUACCGCGACGUCGCCGUGGUCGCAGUGCGUUCCCUGGAGAUCUUGGCCGCGCGGGCGCGCGCGGCCACGGGACUGCGGUGGGCCGGGCUCGCCGUCAUCAUGUUCUACGCGGCCGGCAACCUGCGGGCGGAGGCGGCAAAGGGGGCGUCGGUGGACAAGGUCAACGGCUUCAUCCUGUUCCUGGUGUUCUUGGCGGGAGUUUGGACGGUCAACCUGUCCAUGCUCACGAGGAGGGGUUCCCGGCCGCCGGCGGGGCCGGUGGCGGCGGCGGAGAGGUAAAAGAAAAGCGACAUGGUGCCUAGAUCUGCUUCAAAAGGAAUAUCUUAUGCUCAGGCCUGAGUCCGAAGAUUACGGCGAAAGUCUAUUAGUAUUCUGAGAAAUGGUGGUUGUGUCGUAAAUAAAAAAGUAUACGGAGACAUCAGAGCAGUAGUAUUUUGACGAUUGAGAGAUGACAGUUUGCUAUUGAGAUGUAUUCAAUUAUUCACAAGAUGACAUACGCCGUUUAAUUAGUUCAUGGUCAGUGUCGA